CUAGGCUGGCUGAUCAAAAUUCACAUAGACUCCUCCACCUGGGAAAAACAGCUGAGAUGUGGAAUGAGGUUCUCCGACUUCACCAGCAGGAGACACCUAAAUGCACUGGACUUCUGUCCUGGGACUUGGCGUCGGAAGAGAGGCGGGGACUUGGAAGCAGAAUGGGGCUCCGCUGCACCAAGUGUACCUACUCGUCUAGGCGUUACAACCUGUAUGAGGAGGUAGAUACCAAAUCCCCGGGUAGAAAGGCAGCUAAAAUCAAUUAUGGUCUGCAAGUUGGGCUCAGUCAAACUCCUGUGGGUAAUGAUGGGAUGCGGAAAAUUCUUCUCUGUACUAAUACUCCUCCUCCUGCUCGUAGGUCCCUACAAAAAGCUUCCAAUAAAGUUUUGCCCUUGAUCCAAAACAUCAACGAGGCUGACAUGAGUGACAGGUGUCGCCGGCUGGUAGAUGUGAACACCCUGAGGGGAAAUGAAUCCCCACAUGCCAUCCCUGUACAAUGCGAUGGCAUGUACAAUAACCCCCUCUACUCGGGGGUGGGUGAGACACCCUUCCAGCCGGCGACACAAACUGUGUACUCAUUUGCUGAGAAUGUCACCUCAAAACACCAAAUAAUUAAAAUGGUGACUAAAAAUAAAAUAUGCUCAAAACAUGGUCACUUACUUGAUGAGGGCUCUCGUGACCAUCAAUGCACCCCCGGGGUCUGUGGGGCAAACCUUCCGAUGCAUCACACGAUAGGGGAUGAGUUCACGUGGGCCAGGGAGGGUAUGGCGGAGCUACUCUGUGAAGAUGGCCUGGAGGUAAGGGAAGUCACCACCGAUCCAGACAGCUCUGCUGGUCGGGCUGCAGACUCCCUCUAUAAGGAUGGUCUGCUGGAAAAUAAGCCAUGUCACUAUAUUGACACUCGUCACCUGUCUGAGAGCAUAAGAAAAGCAAUCAAAAGAGACCAGAGACUCUUGGAGAUCAUGCCGAAAAGAACCAAGGCAGAAAAAACCAAACUUUUGCACAAUUUUGCCCUUGAUGCUGUUGACAGGUGUACAGCCGAGAUAAAUCAAGCGCAUGCACUAUAUGCGGGUGACGCAGAUAAAAUAAAAAACAAGCUCUCUUACACCAAACAUGCAGUGGUUAAGUGUUACACAGGGGAUCAUGCCUUAUGCAAAAAACACUCAUUAGUGUGCAAAGGGAGGGUUAAUAAUAACUGGGUACGCAAGAGUUCUUACCUAGGUCAAAAUUUUUCGAUACCGUCCUCCGACGAGAAUGAAACAAUGCUCCAUGCUUGUUUCUCAAAGCGGUUGUCUCCAGCUGUCUUGGACAAGACAAUCAAAAACAGUAAUUCUCAGAAGGUCGAAAGCUUCAACAGAACUCUGCGACGAUCACUGCCUCGCAAUGUCACCUUCACAAGAAACUUUGCUGGCCGGGCUCACAGUGCUGCUCACUCCUGUAACAACGGUCCCGGCAGCUCCCUCCGAGGUCUCUGCGCAGGGCUUCUCAUGGCAGAGAUGGCUGACCUCCAGGUUUCCACCUGGAAACUGUGA